CAACUAUCAUUUUCACUCCAAAACAAAAAAGCCACUCACACCACCAACUGGAGCGUUUCCAAUUUUCCCUCCUCCACCACCACGACGCCGCCACCGCGGUCAUUUUCCCGCCACCACCCCAUUAGAGACAAGAAACAGUUUUUACUUACAUUUGUACAUAAAACUGUCAUAAUGCUUUGCAAAUCACAUGCCUAAUUUUGGGGGCAUCAUUAACUCCACUCUAUCCAUAUCCCAGAUUUUCUUCUACAUUUUUAUGCAAAAAGAUUGUUGAAAAACACAAACAACACACAGAGAUAUACAUACAUAUAUACAUACAGAAAGAUGGAUAAUUCUAAAGCUACAUUUUCUCCUACUAGACUACUGUUGUGUGAUGAAAGUGAGACAAGUUUAUAUGAAAAAGAAGUGGAUUUGCUUAGUUCAAUGGAUGAGGAGUAUAUAAAGUCAUUGCUUGAUAGAGAAAGGCAUGAUUUUUCUCAAAUUUCUUCAGGUGAUUGGAUUAAAGAAGCCCGUUUGGAUGCAAUCCAGUAUAUUCUCAAUAAAAGGGAUUUGCUUGGAUUCACAUCCCAAACAGCUUAUUUGUCUGUCAUUUAUCUCGAUAGAUUUCUUUCAAGAAGAUCUAUUGAUGAGGAAAAAUACUGGGCUGUGAGAUUACUUUCAAUGGCUUGUCUUUCAUUGGCUGCGAAAAUGGAAGAAUGCACGGUGCCGGCAUUACCGGAAUUUUGUGUUGAAGAGUACAGUUUCGAGAGUAGUGUGAUACAGAGAAUGGAACUUUUGGUGCUGAAUACAUUGGAGUGGAAAAUGGGAUCACUCACUCCUUUCGCUUUUACUCAGUUCUUUUUAACAAAGUUCUGUCAAAGUUCUCUUCAAAGAAAUGCAAUGUCGACCAUUGUGGAAGUUAUUUUGGGUUCAUUAAAAGAUGUGGAAAUAAUGUGCUAUAGAUCUUCUGUUAUAGCAGCAUCAGCCACAUUGGUGGCAUUGGAUCCAAGAUUAACUAGAGAUGCCUUGGAGCACAAAAUCAGUCUCUUAUCUUCAAGUGAUGUCCUCAAAAUUGAAGACGUCGUCUCUUGUUAUUACCAGAUUCUGGCAUUCGAUACAAUGAAGUUAAACAGGGGCGAUAUUAUGUCCCCUGAUUUAUCACCAAAUCAAUUGCAAAUAGAUGAAGUUUUGGGAAGUUCUUCGGUUACUACUGCGGCAAAUGCUAAAAGAAAGAGGCUUAUAUUCAAUCAAAACGACAAUAUAUCUCCCAAGAAACGACAGAACUGAGAAGUUCAACUACCGGAAUUAAUCCGGUGGAUGAAAUGAGUAAGAUAGAGAGGUUUUGAUGUUGAUUAUUGGGUGUCAAUUGAGCCACAAGAAAAAGGAAUUAGAAAAGAAAUGAAAAAAGUAGAAGUUUGUCAGAGCUAUUUUUGGUCUAAAAUCACAGCUCAUAAGGUGUGGAAAGAAAGGCCUCAAGAUAUGACUUCAUAGUUACCAACAACUAUUACCAUUCUUGUUUACAUUGUCCAAAAUUUCAAUUUUUAUUUUUAUUUUUAUUUUUAUUUUUAUUUUUUAUUUUUAUUUUUUGAAAGGGCUGAUGGAAUAGAAUAGGGAUUGAGGAAGCUUUAUCUGUGAUUUGAUACAUCUAUGUUGCAUGUAAAAGACUAAUGUGAUUGGAUUUGUUUGAAUGUUUGGGGCAAACCUUUUGGGGUGGGGUUCUGCUCCUUUCUUCUGUUGAU